AUGAAGCCUAUUAGACAUCCCCAUUCGAAGCCUUCAAAGCCUAUUAGGCAUACCCAUUCGAAGCCUAAUAGGAAUUCCCAUUCGAAGCCUAAUAGGAAUUCCCAUUCGAAGCCCUCAAAGCAUAUUAGGCAUACCCAUUCGAAGCCUAAUAGGAAUUCCCAUUCGAAACCUAUUAGGCAUUACCAUUCUAAGCUCCCAGAGCAUAUUAGGCAUACCCAUUCGAAGCCUAUUAUACAUCCCCAUUCAAAGCCCUCAAAGCCUAUUAGGCAUACCCAUUCGAAGCCUAAUUGGAAUUCCCAUUCGAAGCCUAUUUGGCAUUACCAUUUGAAGCCUAUUAGACAUCCCCAUUCGAAGCCCUCAAAACGUAUUAGGCAUACCCAUUCGAAGCUUAUUUGGCAUUCCCAUUCGAAUCCUAUGAGACAGUCCCACUCGUACUCUCGUCUUUUCCCACCUGCAACUGACGGCUAG